AGCACAACAAAACUUUUUAAUUUCCUAAGAUCUUUACAUUCUCUUCAUUUUCUUGUCCUAAAACAUUCUCCCUUGUUUUACAAAAGCAACAAGAUGAUCAGUGCUAAGAGGCUUAUCAAGUUAGCAAAAAAUUGGCAAAAAAUGGCUGCAAUUAGGAGAAAAAGAAUCACAUUACCAAGAAGCACUGAGGAUGCUGACAUAAAAAGUUGCAGCUCAUCAUCAGUGGUGGAGAAGGGUCACUUUGUUGUAUACAGUGUGGAUCAGAAGCGCUUUGUGCUUCCUUUGGAAUAUCUCAAGAACGAAAUCGUCAUGGAGCUAUUCAACCUGGCAGAAGAAGAGUUUGGACUACCAGGCAAUGGGCUUCUCAUCUUGCCUUGUGAUGCAACCUUUAUGGAAUGUGUAAUUGCUUUGAUCAAAAGGAAACCAAGUAAAGACAUGGAGAAAGCAUUGCCCCUGUCUGUAGCCAGAGGUCGUAGCUCAUCAUCAUAUCUUUAUCAGCAAGAAACGAGCCAACAGAUGCCAAUAUGGAUUUCUUGGAUCUUGACAGGUAAAAUGCAACCAUAUCCAACCCUACAAUUCAAAGCCUUCAGUACAGAAAGUAUGACCACCAGGACCUCUGCUGUUAGCAAUCUCUUGAAGCCAUUAACAGACAGAUCAAUAACAUGUGGAUUGUACUACGAUGCCUGGUCUUGCACAUGGCCUGUUGUGCCAAAACCAAAUAAAUUUGAUGUCGAAAAAAAGAUUGGACCACUUACCAUUACCUUCCAUACAUGCCCAACAGGUGACGUCCCAAAUGAUCGCUCAAAUUUUCGAACCACACGGUUUUGCUUCCCUGUAGUCCCGACACUGAGUUGCUUCAUUCAAAGGACUGCUCUUGGGACCUUUGUGUUUAUAUAUUCACCCAAUUUAUGUUUUUUCAUCAGUGCAGCACAACAAAAGCUUUUCAGUUUCCUAAGGUUUUUACAUUCUCUUUCUUCUCUUGUCCUAAAAUAUUCUCCCUUGUUUUACAAAGGCAACAAGAUGAUCAGUGCUAAGAAGCUUAUUAAAUUGGCAAGAAAUGGCAAAAAUUGGCUGCAGUUAAGAGAAAAAGAAUCACAUUCUCGAGAACCACUGGGUAUGUUGACACAAACAGAUGCAACAUAUCAUCAAUUGUCGAGAAAGUAUAGCGCUGAUGAGAUGCGUUUUGUGCUUCCUUUGGAAUAUCUGAAGACCGAAAUGGUCAUGGAGUUGGUCAAAUUGGCAGAAGAGGAGUUUGGACUUCCAAGCAAUGGACAUCUCACGAUGCCCUGUGAUGCAGCCUAUAUGGAAUAUGCAAUUGGGUUGAUUAAAGGGAAAGCAAGUAAAGAAAUGGAGACAGCGUUACUCAUGUCUGUAGUUAGUGGCCGUUGUUCAUCGUCAUCGUAUAUCUAUCCGCAAGAAACAAACAGACAGUUACCUAUGCGGGGUUUCUAAAGCAAAACAUGUUUUCAAUUUUGUAGACGAUC